UGUGUGACACGCGGCAUGUUGUUUGUUGACCUUGUUGGCCGGCUCGAUAAUAAAAAGGCAUUGCAUAGUUUCGCCAGAAAUGCAAGAUAUUUCGGAACGAAUUUUAAAGUAUAUCGCGGAUCAUGGCGAGGUGGAUACGCUUGAUCUUGCUGCAGUUUUCGGCGAAGAUCAUCAGAAGAUUGUUGGUGGGGUGAAAAGCAUUGAGGCCACCGGUGAGCUAAUUCAGUGUGUACCAAGCACACGUAAAUGCUGGAAGCUCACUGCCGAAGGACGAGAUAUUCUGGAACAUGGUAGCCACGAAGCAAAUGUGUUUAAAGCGGUCCCGCAGGCUGGCAUAUCGCAAGCCGAGCUGAUGAAGUGUGGAGGGAAGAAUCCAAAGGCUGGCUUCAGCAAGGCGAUGUCAAACGGUUGGAUAUUAAUCGACAAAUCUGGCGGUGCACCAUUGGUUCGGCGCAAGGUGGAAACAAUCGAAGACGAAGUUCUGGUGCACGUGAAAGCCAUUGCAGAUGGCAAAGAGUCUAGUGUUGCGGAUAGCGUGAGAAAUGAGUACAAGAAGCGCAAGAUCCUAGAGGAAAGUGUAACGAAAAGUUUCGUACUCUCGAAAGGGCCCGAAUUUGCGACCACUUUAAAGAAGCUGGAAACGGAUUUAACGGUCGAAAUGUUGGCUAGCGGUUUGUGGAAAGAUUUGAAGUUCAAGGCGUACAACUUUGAUGCGCUGGGUGCACCACCCGGACGCGGCCAGCUACAUCCACUGAUGAAGGUGCGUACCGAGUUCCGGCAGAUAUUCUUGGAGAUGGGUUUCUCCGAGAUGCCGACGAAUAACUUUGUUGAAUCGAGCUUCUGGAACUUUGAUGCAUUGUACGUGCCGCAGCAACAUCCGGCACGCGAUCAGCAGGACACGUUCUUCGUGUCACACCCAAAGAUGAGCGACAAGUUCCCUUUGGCGCUGGUAGAAAGCGUACGUGAUUCACACGAAAAUGGUGUCGAUGGUUCGAUUGGAUAUCGGUACGACUGGAAGCUGGAUGAAAGUCGCAAGAACGUGCUGCGCACGCAUACCACUGGUGUGAGCGCCAGGAUGCUGUACAAGGUCGCUCACCAACCCGGUGGGUUCAAACCAGUGAAAUACUUUAGCAUCGACAAGGUUUUCCGUAACGAAACGUUGGAUGCUACCCAUUUGGCUGAGUUUCAUCAGGUGGAAGGUGUCGUGGCGGACUAUGGGAUAACGCUGGGCGAUCUGAUUGGUACGUUCAAUGCGUUCUUCAACAAACUCGGCAUUACGGAGCUGGAGUACAAACCGACAUUCAACCCAUAUACCGAGCCGUCGAUGGAAAUCUUUUGCUUCCAUCCUGGUUUGCAGCGAUGGAUCGAGGUCGGUAAUUCGGGAGUCUUCCGUCCGGAAAUGCUCAUCCCGCUCGGUGUACCGAAGGAGGUGAAUGUAAUUGCCUGGGGGCUAUCGCUCGAACGGCCAACGAUGAUCAAGUACGGCCUGAACAACAUACGUGAUCUUAUUGGACCGAAGGUGGAUUUGAAGAUGGUCCAGGACGGUCCAAUCUGUCGCAUGAACUGUUAAUGCGGAAAAAUAUACUUUGAUUCGUUCCCAUAA